UCUCUAUUGCUUAUUCCUUCAUCCCAAAGAGUUCUCUCUCUCUCUCUCAUAUCUCCAUGGCUAUGUCGAUUUGCUUCAAACCAGCUCUUUUCCUCCUCUUACUUCUCCUGGUUCGGAGCGAAUCAGGCACCGGUCGGGCCGGUCGGUUAGGCCGGUUUAUACCGAAAAUCGUUAUGCCGACGGAGAAACCUGAGCCGGAGGAAGACGACGGUAGCACCGGUACGAGAUGGGCGGUUCUCGUCGCCGGCUCUUCUGGUUAUGGAAAUUACAGACAUCAGGCGGACGUGUGCCAUGCGUAUCAAAUACUGAGAAACGGAGGACUGAAGGAAGAGAACAUCGUCGUCUUCAUGUAUGAUGACAUCGCCGACCACGGCCUCAAUCCACGACCAGGCACUCUCAUCAACCAUCCCCAUGGCGAUGACGUCUACGACGGCGUCCCUAAGGACUACACUGGGACCAAUGUCACGGCCGCAAACCUCUACGCUGUACUUCUCGGUGACAAGAAGGCGGUAAAAGGUGGAAGCGGGAAGGUCGUGGCCAGUAAGCCCGAGGAUCGGAUUUUCCUGUAUUAUGCGGACCAUGGUGGUCCUGGAGUUCUUGGUAUGCCGAAAACUCCGUAUGUUUAUGCGGCCGAACUCAUUGAAACGCUUAAGAAGAAGCAUAAAUCCGGAACCUACAAAGAAAUGGUUAUAUACGUGGAAGCCUGUGAAAGCGGGAGCAUUUUCGAGGGUAUAAUGCCAAAGGACUUGAACAUUUACGUAACAACAGCCUCGAACGCACAAGAGAGUAGCUACGGAACGUAUUGUCCUGGCAUGGACCCUCCGCCGCCGCCCGAAUACAUCACUUGCUUGGGAGAUUUGUAUAGCGUCGCUUGGAUGGAGGAUAGCGAGAGCCACAAUUUGAAGAGAGAGACGCUAAAGCAGCAAUAUCAAACGGUUAAGACCAGGACGUCAAACUACAAUACGUACUCCGGUGGCUCUCACGUUAUGGAGUACGGAAACACGAGCAUUAAAUCCGAGAAACUUUACCUGUACCAAGGAUUCGAUCCCGCGAAUGUGAAUAUCCCUCCCAAUGGAUUAUGGAUCGGAUCACGAAUGGGAGUCGUUAACCAACGGGACGCCGAUCUUCUCUUCCUUUGGCACCUGUACCAGAGAUCGGAGAACGGAUCGAGAAAGAAGAGAGAGAUCCUCCGGGAGAUAACAGAGACGACGAGGCACAGGAAGCAUAUAGACGCAAGCGUCGAACUGGUAGGCACGUUCUUGUUCGGACCAACCACGGUCAAAACCAUCCUAAACUCGGUUAGGGAGCCCGGUUUACCUUUGGUCGACGAUUGGAGAUGCCUUAAAACGAUGGUACGCGUUUUUGAAACGCAUUGUGGAUCGCUAACGCAAUAUGGGAUGAAACACAUGAGGGCGUUUGCUAACAUUUGCAACGACCGCGUUUCAAACGCGGAUAUGGAGGAGGCUUCUGCGGCAGCUUGCCGUGGCUACACGGCUCACGAGAGGUGGCAACCGUCAACCACAGGUUAUAGCGCCUGAGGUUAUAUAUAUAUAUAUAUUAUAUGGGCCUUUGCCAAUUUCAAUGGUGUAAUAAUUAAAAAAAAAAGGUGUUUUACAUUUUGAUAAUGUAAUAUUUAAGAUUAAGAUGGUGGUUGUGUCGAUUGGUUAGUAUUAUGUUCUACAUGUGAAUAUACGAGUGGAUAAUGUUUUUGUGUUGGGCAGUUUGCAUGUUCUUAAA